UACUGAAACUGAUGAGACCUCGCGGUUUACCACAUUACAUUAUUACCCUGCAACCCUGGGCUGCAGGAUGGUGUGUGUGGGGUCGAGUCAGAAUAGAAACGAGAACAGUUUGGUUUCUGAGUCUAAACAAGAGUGUGUGUUUGUGGGAUUGAGGUGACACGUCAGCCAGUGCAGCAGUGUGGCCCACUGAUAUGUUUUCAUACAUGAGUUUUAUUAGAAUUUUGUUGCUUUGUAUUGUUGUCAUGAAAUUGUUGUGAGCACAAAUGAAACAUCUCAUCAUAAGAAUCAUUUCUGUUUUAGUAACAGCAGAUAAAUGUUGAAACUAACUAGACUGCAGUGAGUGUGUGAAGUGAUCAGCAGAGGGGAAUAAAGAUGGCGGCUUUUCAGAUGUCACUGUGGCCAAAGGUGUCAUACACACACAUGCUGACAUUUAACUGAAUUAGAUUAAAUAAUUUCAAAUAAUACUAACAUUCAGAAAGGAAGAUGGAACAUGUCAGUGUGAGUCUGAUAGUGUUAUCUAGAGAGCUGAAGAGACGACUGCAGAGGUGGAAAUGGCUGAGACUCUGAGAGAUGUUCACUUGCUGGUCACAUGGAAAACAGAAGAACAGAAACAUGAAGUGCUGCAUAUUGGAAGGAUGGAAAAUGUUCAGUGAAAGAAGGAUUCCAGGAGUGUUUACUUGGAGAGAAAGUUCAAAUGGGACGCAUGAGCUUCCAUUGAGGUCCUUCAUGCUACAGACAGCAGAGGGACGGGCAUAUAGCAGCGGUCUGCACAGGAAGUCAGGAAGUUGAACAAGUAAAGUUGAGUUUCCAACAGAAGCUAUGCAGAGGCAGUGAAGAGGGUACAAGCACAAAGGGAAGAGACCGGAGGAGUGAACCAAUCUGUGAAAUGAGGUGAUCAGACAGAGAAACCUAACGCAGCACUGAUGGUGGAUGAGCUCAUUUUGUUCAUUGACUGUGGAAUCAAUUGUUCCAAUCAAGUCCAACAAAAGCACAGAGAAACUUUGAGAUAACUGAGACCAUAAAAGGAAAAGAGGACCUGAUUAUUCUGCAGUGGAAUGCAGGAAGUUUAAUGGCAAAGAGAUAAAAACACACAGAGAGGGGGAUGGGCGGAUUGGGGAAAGGAACAGAACUGGAACGGAAACUGAACUGCUUGUUAAGUGGACGAUACACAUUAAGUGUUGUCUUACAGUUAGGAGGGAAAGUGAUGUGCACAUGUUAUAACAAAUAACAUGUUGAGGGCUGAUUGUCAUGAUGACAGCGCGAUGGCAGCUGAAGAGUUCAUGGAGAAUAAAAAUGUUAGCUUACACGACAGAAGUUGUAUAAGAACAAACGGGGAGGCGCUACGUGAUACUUUGCUUUCGAUUUCGCCUCCCCAGGCGGAAGUCAGUUGUUUAAGAGCGAACAUUUUCAGUCUGUGACGAUCCGUUUGAAUGUGAAUUAUUAUCAGAGCCAAUGACGAAGUACUAAAAACCUGUACGUCGAUGUUCCGAAACAGCAAGGUUUCCAGAGGGCGUCCUUGUUGUGGAUUUUACUCGUCAGCUCAUCCCAAACCUCAGCGGAUGAUGUCUUCAGCCCUUGAAGACUGUCGUGUAAAAUGACGUGCAGAAGAACAUCUGUCAGAGCUGCAGCAGUGCUGAUGAUACUUGUGAUGAAUGUCUUCAGAGGACACUCCCUCACAUGUCGUCCAUUAGAGUAUCAGAUGGGGACUGAAUGCUGUUCCAUGUGUCUCCCUGGAUUUCGAGUUAAAACACACUGCACUGAGUUUAAAAGUACUUCCUGUCUGCGUUGCACUGAGGGAACCUUCAUGAGUCAUCCUACUGGUCUUCCACAAUGUUACACAUGUGCAAGCUGUGAUGCAGCUUCUGGUUUGAAAUUAAAAACUUCAUGUACAGCAACAUCAGAUGCUGUGUGUGAGCCACUGGAGGGAUUCUACUGCACAAACUCUGCAGAGGAGGGCUGUAAGGCAGCAGAGAAACACUCAAGCUGUCAGCCAGGACAGUACAUCAGUCAGAGAGGAACAGCAUUAAGAGACACUGAGUGCUCUGACUGCAGUGAGGGAACAUAUUCUGAUGGAACAUUUCCAUCCUGUCAGCCACACACACAAUGUGAAUCAGUGCAUCUUCAGCUGAUAAAAGCAGGGACUGUUUCAACUGAUGCUGAAUGUGGAGAGCAAAGUCCAGUCAGCAGAGGACUUGUGGUCGGCGUUGUGUCUGUAUUUCUUAUAGCAGCUGCAGCUGCAGCAGUUGCAUGGUGGCGUAUCAGAAAGAGGAAAAGCAGUGAAGAAAAAGAAAAAGCAAGAAAACAGAGUGAGGAACCUGUGCAUGCUGCUGAAUCAGUGGUGAUGGUUCGACAGCCAUAGUGACAGCAGCAGGUAAGACAGCAGUGUGUCCUUCAUUAAAAUGUCCAUCAGCUGUCCAGCUGAGCAGCGUUCUGUGGUGUGUUUAUGUGCAAAGUGUUGCUGUUUCAGCUCAAUAUUUUCCUCUCCUCAGGAUGCAACAGUUCAUGUGUAAACAUGCAGACUGUUUUGGACACUGCAGAGGAAAUGUUGUCUACAAUCCAGUUAUAUUCAUGUUAUAAUCGUGCGUGCACGUGUGUGUGUGUGUGUGUGUGUGUGUGUGUGUGUGUGUGUACAUGUGCGCAUGUGUGUGUCUCCUCCUGUUCUCUCUUGUGUUCCACAGGUGGAAGCUCCUAGAGUGGAUCCACCUGUGUAGCCAGGCGAUGCUGCUGAUUGGCCAGCUUUAAGCUUCAAUGGACCAAUCAUCAUUCCUGGACCUUUGUUUUUCAGGCUGUUUGGUUUGUUUUUUUACUUGGAAAAUGAAGGUAAAGCUGUUUGUGGGAGAUAGGGUUUGCUAAGUAAUAUACAUUUUUACAGUACAGAGAAGUUAUUUGUCUACAUACACCAGGUUUACUGAAUGUUGCCACUGACUGUAUUUAAUUAAUAAGUCUCUUCUUAGAUAAGAGAGGUAGGAGUUUUUUUUGUUCUUUUCUUGCAAUCUGUCGUGCUAAACGUGAUCUCCUGUGGGGGCCACACAGAGCUCACAGGGGGACCUGAACAUCAGACAGACUGAAAACUUUAUCUGUCAUAAAGAACAAUCAGCUGGAACUGAGGACGGAGACUCUCAGUCCUGAACUGCAACAGGAAGGGACAAAUGUUUGCUUUGACUGACAGCAAACAGGCUGGAUCAUGUGGGUGGUGCACAUGAAACCCCAGGUGGGUUCAGGUGCAGGAGAAAAGCAGCAAAUAGUCAGAAGAGUCCAUGUGCUGAAUAUUCCAAGUUCACAAGACAUCAUAUUGGUAUGCAGUUUGUGUACUGAAGCCCCACAGGGCUGUGAGCUGAGCCUGCAUGACACGACUGCUGAACUCAUCCUCCACAUUCCCUCAUUGGACACUUUGCUUUUGUCUUGUGCUGCAUAAUGAUUCACCGUAUAAAUAAGCACUGGAGAUACAUUGCUAAUGGUGAAUCACAGCAACAACGGAUAGGAAGAUGAAGAAUGUAAUUGCUGAAAAUUAUCAUUAUUAUCAUUUUUAAUAAUGAAGAGAUGGGGUGGGGCAGCAUGGUGAUGCAUUGGUUAGCACUGUUGCCUCACAGCAAGAGGGUUGCAGGUCGAAACCUGGUCUCUUUAGAGUUUGCAUGUUCUCCCUGUGCCUGUGUGGGUUUUCUUCAGGUACUCUGGCUUCCUCCCACAAUACCAAAAACAUGCACAUUUGAUUAAUUGGCUGCUCUCUAUUGUUGUCUGUUAUUGUGUGUCAGUACAGGUGUUCCUAAUAAAGUGCUCAACGAGUGUUCAUGUAUAUAGGUAUGAAUAACAGCUCUACAGCUAUAAUUCAUUAUUAUUAUAUAAAAGAAUUAAUGUAAUGUAAACAUUGAUAUGAAUAAUAUGAUGCAAAUUGAAACAGUGUUAGAUAUGUUACUACCAAAACUCUUAUAGUAAUACAAAUACGUAGCUCAGAAUAUAAAUGAUAUAAAUGACGGAUGCUGAAACAGGAGCUGCUUCUUUUUCUCCUUCUGCACUACAUUCUGUUUUUUUUUUUUUCUUUUGUUCCAUUCAAGCUGUUUUGCAGCAUUUCAUCUGGAAGUAUUGCCAAUGUAACUGAUUUACCUUUAGUUUAGUUGGGUGCCCAUAUGUAUUUAUAUAAUCCAUGGUUUAUGUGAAGAUAAUAUGAAGCUUGUCACACUCACUGAAUCUGUUUGUGGCAUGUGAUAAAAGUGAAUAAAAUUCUACUUUGAACACAA